CUGAACAUAAACCAGGCAGAACAGCGGAACGCGUUAGCCAACAUUAUCCACCGACUUGUUCUUCAUGUUGAAUGUUAAGCUGUCAUAACUUUACGUUAAACUUCAAUUAGAUUUUUGGUGACAAACUUGCGAGCGAAUAUUUCUUGUCUCAUUAAUUAAGAGUAACUCUAUCCUUAGCCUGCCCGUGCGAGGACUGGCUUUCAAUUGUUAGCUAGCACUCUGUUGACAUCAGCCCAGUUGUUUUAGUGAAUCAAAUAAGAAGCGACAUGUCCGAGUCCGGCCACAGUCAGCCCGGGAUGUACGGGCAGGGACGGCGGAGGAGAAGGCGCCGAGGAGACCGAGAUGCUGGACCUCCGGGGCAAAAUCUGUCCGGUCCAAGCCGGGAUAGAGAAUACCAACCAAGAGAACGAAGAGAUGGGAGCGAGGAUCCACCAGGCCCAAUCAUUCAGAAGACCCCCAUCAUUCUUGCCAAACCCCCUGGGGAAAGGGCCAAACCAUCACAGAACACACCUGUCAGUGGAGCUCCGGUCAUAGAGAAGCCCAUCAUGCUAAUGAAAGCCAGGGAUGAUGCCGGGAAGCCGGGUACCCCUCCUGAAACGAUGGCUCAGCCCUCUGGUCCUGGACCCUCCAAGAUGGAGAAGGAAGGGCAGCGACCCACGCAGCCUGUGUACCAGAUCCAAAACAGAGGAAUGGGGGCGUCUGCAUCUGGCUGCACUGUGGAUCCCAUGGUUGGCCAGUCUAAACUCGUCCCACCAGAAAAAAUGAAGCACAGCAUCAAGCUGGUGGAUGAUCAGAUGAACUGGUGUGACAGUGCCAUGGAGUAUCUGCGAGACCAAACAGAUAUGUUGGUAGUUGGAGUCAUUGGCCUGCAGGGGACUGGGAAAUCCACAGUCAUGUCACUGUUAUCUGCAAACACUCCUGAGGAAGAUCAAAGAGGUUAUGUAUUCAGAGCCCAGUCUCCAGAAAUCAAAGAAAGAGGAGGAAACCAGAGCACAGGCAUCGAUUUCUUCAUCACACAAGAGAGAGUCAUAUUCUUAGAUACACAGCCAAUGCUCAGCCCGUCUAUUCUGGAUCACCUCAUCAACAACGAUCGCAAGUUACCUCCAGAGUACAACCUCCCUCACACAUAUGUAGAGAUGCAGUCUCUUCAGAUUACUGCCUUCCUGUUUACCGUUUGCCAUGUGGUCAUUGUGGUUCAAGACUGGUUCACUGACUUAAACUUGUACAGGUUUCUUCAGACUGCUGAGAUGUUGAAACCUUCCACUCCAUCUGCAGGCCAUGACAGCACCGGCUCUUCAGGCACUGAUGAUGGAGCAGAGUACUAUCCUCAUAUAGUGUUCCUCCAGAAUAAAGCCAGACGGGAUGACUUCUGCCCAAGAAAUCUGAAGAACAUGCAUAUGGUGGUGGACAAAUUAAUGGCCCACUCUCAUCUCAAAUACAAAGGUACAUUGUCCAUGCUAGACAGCAACAUCUUCCCUGGCCUAAGGCAGGACUAUCUGACAGCUGAGGUCAACAUGUUCCUCCUUCCUGUGCAAGAGAGUGAUGGGGACGAUAACCUGACCAAAGCAGGGUCGGGAACAUACCCGCUCUUCUCUCUGCUCCCCGGCUACAGAGGACACCCUUCCUUCUCCACCAUGGUUUCAAAACUCCGCAGCCAAAUACUUGCCAUGCCCCGCUGUCAGCUGUCCCACACCAUCCUCACUGAGAAGAACUGGUUUCACUACGCAGCUCGUAUCUGGGACGGGGUAAAAAAGUCAUCUGCCCUCUCUGAAUACAGCCGCCUGCUCAGCUAACACCUCGGCUGAACUGCUGAAACAUAAAACAGCUGUGAAAGCUCUCAUGUCCCUUACUCUGGUCACAUAAAGAGGAUGUGACCCUGAAAGUGGAGAGCGAUGUGUGCAACGUGCUCGAGGGACAGGACACCCCGUCAGUGACGAGUCGGAUAUAUUGCGAGAAGACAUCUUCUGCAGACUCUGGUGGGAUUGAACAGCGUUGAACUGCUGGUACUGUAAUUCAAGUCAUAAAGUUGACUAUCUCUGUCCUAAGGAAGUGCAGAGUUAAACAAACAACGAUGUGAUUCAGUUACAUCAGUUGUGAGAAAAAGAAAGACAGUUGUCUUUAAAGCAAAAUGUAACAUUUUUUCAUUUGCAGGCCAUUACCGACAGCUGUAUGUGAUGUUGGAACUGCAAUUUUGAUGCACACUGAGAUGAAAAUAUUGUCUUCUGUAAGCUAUUGGUUUGUUUCUUUUAACAAUCAAUAAAGUUAGUAAUUUUGAUUUACUCAGACAUAAAGAUAAA